AUGGAUGAUCACAAAUUUUCACUUUUCUUGGACCUUGAGGACAAGGUCCCUUUGGAGGGGAAGGAAAUGUUACGUGAAGGAGCCAUCCAAUUCAUCACCACCACCACCACUAUCAUCAUCAUCAUUCACAUGGGUAGCUAUUGGAUUUGCUGGCUUUUUGGUGUCAUUCACAUACUUCCAUUACUGGGUUCCAUCCAUGCCAUGAUUCCACAGUCACCAAUUAAGUGCAACCAAUCUAUCUGCACCCUCCACAACUCAUACGGCACAUGGGGUGACCGCAAGGACUGUUAUGCUCUCAACGUUACAUACCCAACAACUGAAGAACAGCUUCGUUUAGCUGUUUCCUAUGCUGUUCAGAACAACCUCAAAGUCAAGGUUGUCACCAAAUACUCACACACCAUUCCCAAGCUGGCUUGCCCUCAAGAGAAUUCUUUGCUCAUCAGCACAGAAAAGGAUGAUUCUGGAAUCCAAAUUGAUGCAGCAAAUUUUGUUGUGACUGUUGAUGCUGGUGUUGGGCUUCGUCAAUUGAUUGAUGAAGUUGAAAAAGGUGGGUUCAGCUUGGUGGCUGCACCUUAUUGGGAGGGUGUUAGUAUUGGAGGGCUUAUUAGUACUGGAGCACAUGGUAGCUCUUGGUGGGGGAAAGGUGGUUCUGUUCAUGAUCAUGUUCUGGGUAUUAGUAUUGUUGUCCCUGCUUCAAGAUCUGAAGGGUAUGCAAAGAUUUUAAGAUUGGAAGCACAUGAUCCUCUAUUUAACGCAGCCAAAGUAUCACUUGGAAUGUUAGGUGCCAUCUCCAAGGUAAAGUUAUCACUUGAACAUAGGUUCAAAAGAAGCAUAACCUACAAUUUCACGGAUGAUGCUCAUAUUGAAGAUGAGUACAUAGACCAUGCAAAGCAGUAUGAAUUUGCAGACAUAACUUGGUAUCCAUCAAGACACACAGCUGUUUAUAGAUAUGAUUCCAGGGUUCCCUUAAAUGCCUCAGGUGAUGGAGUCUAUGACUUCAUUGGAUUUCAAGCCAAUUCCAUUUUGGUCUCCGAAUCAGUUAGAGCAGCAGAGAAAUCGCUAGAAAAAACAAGAUACAUAGAUGGGAAAUGCUUAACGGCAGCUACUAUUUUAGGAUUCAAGAAAUUAGUAGCCAAUGGGUUAAAGAAUAAUGGUCUAAUCUUCACUGGCUAUCCUGUAGUGGGUUAUCAAGGCAAAAUGCAAGCCUCAGGUUCAUGCUUAUAUUCAACAAGAAUUGAUACCUCAUGCGCUUGGGAUCCAAGAAUCAAAGGUCUAUUCUUCUAUGAGAGUACAGCAAUCUUCCCUGCUUCCAAAUUUGGAGACUUCAUCCGUGAUGUGAGAAAAUUGAGAGACCUUAUAAAACCAGAAAAUUUUUGUGGGGUGGAUAACUAUAAUGGGAUAUUAAUACGCUUCAUCAAAGGAUCAGAUGCAUAUCUAGGACAAUCUGAAGAUUCUGUAGUGGUUGAUUUUAACUAUUAUCGUGCAAAUGACCCUUCAACUCCUAGACUAAACCAAGAUGUGUGGGAGGAAGUGGAGCAAUUAGCAUUCUUCAAAUAUGGGGCUAAGCCACAUUGGGCUAAGAACAGGAAUGUAGCAUUCUUAGGAGUGCAACAUAAGUAUCCUAAGUUUAACAUGUUUAUUGCAGCCAAACAACAAAUGGAUCCAAAAAAUGUGUUUUCUAGUAAAUGGUCUGAAGAGAUACUGUAUGGGAAGGAAUUAGAGAAAACUGAUGGGUGUGCUCUGGAGGGACUAUGCAUAUGUACCGAAGAUAGGCAUUGUAGCCCACUAAUGGGGUAUCAUUGCAGCCAAGGCCUUGUCUAUACGGAAGCUAGAGUUUGUAGGAAUUUACCAACUUCCAUACCAUCAUCCAUAGCAUGA